AUGUCACAGAAACAAAGUACGAGUCAGAACCAAAAUGGCGCACAUCAGCCACAACCCGUGAAGAAUCAGCGAUCUAAUAAUGCUGCUGCCUCCAAUUCAGGACAGCAGCCACAACAACAGAGCCAAAGUCAGCCACAACAGCAGGGGAGAUCUAAUGGCCCGUUCUCGGCGUCUGACUUGAAUAGAAUUGUUUUAGAAUAUUUGAAUAAAAAGGGAUAUCACCGUACAGAGGCUAUGUUAAGAGCUGAGAGCGGGCGUACACUAACGCCUCAAAACAAGCAAUCACCAGCAAACACUAAAACAGGAAAAUUUCCCGAACAAUCAUCAAGUCCUCCAAAUGCCGGAAAGACUGCCAAACCUAUAAGCAAUCCGACUAGUUUGUCAUCUAAAAGGGAUGCAGAGGGUGGGAUAGUAUCCAAUGGACGACUUGAAGGGUUCAACGCUCCUGAAAAUUACAUACGUGCAUAUUCAAUGUUGAAGAACUGGGUAGAUUCGUCUUUGGAAAUUUACAAGCCGGAACUAAGCUACAUCAUGUAUCCAAUAUUCAUUUACUUAUUUUUAAACUUAGUGGCCAAAAACCCUGUUUAUGCUCGUCGUUUCUUUGAUAGAUUUUCUCCAGACUUCAAAGACUUCCAUGGCUCAGAGAUCAAUAGACUUUUCAGCGUCAAUUCUAUUGAUCAUAUCAAGGAAAAUGAAGUUGCAAGCGCUUUUCAAUCUCAUCGGUAUAGAAUUACCAUGUCUAAAACCACUUUAAAUCUUCUCUUAUAUUUUUUAAAUGAAAACGAGAGUGUUGGGGGUUCAUUAAUAAUUAGUGUAAUAAAUCAGAACCUAGACCCAAAUAUCGUAGAAUCUGUAACCGCAAGAGAAAAAUUGGCCGAUGGUAUAAAAGUCCUGAGUGACAGUGAAAAUGGAGACGGGAAACAAAACCUAGAAAUGAACUCCGUACCUGUCAAGCUGGGACCUUUUCCAAAAGAUGAAGAAUUUGUUAAAGAAAUUGAAACAGAACUCAAGAUCAAGGAUGAUCAAGAAAAACAACAAAAUCAACAAACUACAGGUAAAAGUGAUAUUGAAACGAACAAUAGAACUUUGUUACAAGAAUAUAAAGCUAUGAAUAAUGAAAAAUUUGAAGAUGACACUGGCGAAGAGGAUAAAGAUAAAUUAAACGAUAAAACUUGCAAGGAUGAAGAGAAAAAAGAGAUCGAGUUAAAAGUAGAUGGCGAUAAAACGGACAGCAACUUAAUCUCGCCCGCACAAGAUAUUUUACCGUUACCACCGAAGACGGCAUUAGACUUGAAAUUGGAGAUUCAGAAAGUCAAAGAAUCCCGUGAUGCUAUCAAAUUAGAUAAUUUACAAUUGGCCUUACCAAGCGUGUGCAUGUAUACAUUCCAAAAUACAAAUAAGGACAUGUCAUGUCUAGAUUUCAGUGACGAUUGUAGAGUUGCAGCCGCCGGCUUUCAGGACAGUUACAUUAAAAUAUGGUCGCUUGAUGGCUCAUCUUUAAAUAACCCUAAUAUUGUUUUGAAUAACGAAACAAAUUACAAAGAUGAUGAUCCAACGUGCAAAACGUUAGUAGGGCACAGUGGCACAGUGUAUUCAACAAGUUUCAGUCCUGAUAACAAGUAUCUGCUUUCUGGUUCUGAAGACAAAACCGUCAGGUUAUGGUCUAUGGAUACCCAUACCGCACUAGUAAGUUACAAAGGUCACAAUCACCCAGUCUGGGAUGUUAAUUUCUCUCCAUUGGGCCAUUAUUUUGCCACUGCGUCUCAUGACCAAACUGCAAGACUUUGGUCAUGCGACCACAUAUAUCCAUUAAGAAUAUUUGCGGGACAUUUGAAUGAUGUUGAUUGUGUAUCAUUCCAUCCAAACGGUUGCUAUUUAUUUACUGGUUCUAGUGAUAAGACAUGCCGAAUGUGGAAUGUUUCUACAGGCGACUCAGUUAGAUUGUUUCUUGGUCAUACUGCACCUGUCAUCAGCAUUGCCGUUUCUCCAGAUGGUAGAUGGCUAUCUACCGGUAGCGAAGAUGGCAUUAUAAAUGUAUGGGAUAUUGGUACGGGAAAAAGGUUAAAACAAAUGCGUGGCCACGGAAAGAACGCUAUUUAUUCUUUGUCUUAUAGCAAAGAAGGAAACGUACUUAUUAGUGGAGGUGCCGAUCACUCAGUUCGUGUAUGGGAUUUGAAGAAAGCCACUACCGAACCAAGCGCAGAACCAGAUGAGCCGUUUAUCGGAUACUUGGGCGACGUCACUGCAUCAAUAAAUCAAGAUAUAAAGGAAUAUGGACGCAGAAGAACAGUAAUACCCACAAGUGAUUUGGUGGCAUCGUUUUACACCAAGAAGACCCCUGUUUUCAAAGUCAAAUUCAGCAGAAGUAAUUUGGCCCUUGCAGGAGGUGCCUUCAGGCCAUAG